GGGCUCCGAGGCUCUGGCGGAGGGAACUACUAUUCCCGGCAGCCCUCGCGGCCAGGCCGCGCCCCCUCCAGCCGGUCGGCCCCGGACCGUCGGAGGCAGCUGCUUCGGUCCCCAGGCGAGCGCGCGGGAAGACGGCGGCGGCGGCGGCGCUGCUGCUGCUCCUCCUCUCCUCCGCCCGGGGCGGGAGCGCCGGCCAUGAGCUCAGAUACCAGGAGGCUGUUGGCAGGCCAGCAACUUAGCUACAGCACCCUCAGUCAGAGCCCCCCUAAACCCUGCAUGGAAGUCAGAGGCUACCAAAGCAAAAUAUGGAAGAUUGUCCUCUGCCAUUUCUUCUCUGUGCUCACUGUGGGAAUCCCACUGAUUAUCUUCCACUGGAAGCCGCGUCUCGAAGUCCAAGCCAAGUGCAGCCCCUGCCCGCUCCGCCAAGCCGACUGGGUGGUCAUCCACGACCAGUCUGGCCAAUAUUUCACAGCCCGUGUCCAAAUGGAGCACACAGAAGAAGGCCGCCUCGAGUACGGAAGAGAUGAUGGGGAAAGCAGUGGUGCAGUUGGCGUGUUUGAUGAUGAAGAUGAAAUCCGAGACACAAUCGGGCUGCAUCUGAAGGAACAGAAAAAUGUCAUUCGCUACUACCUCUUUGAAGGUUUGCGCUACAUCUGGAUUGAGAAAUGGGACACGUUUUGCAAGGCCAGCAUGUUAGAUGACAGCUGGACUUGUUCAGACAUCCAGAGGUCCUGCUGUGGUCUAAGCACCGAAGAACAGGCUGCCAGGAGAAAGAUUUAUGGACGAAACCUGAUUGAUGUACCUGUAAAGUCUUACUUCAGGCUGCUGAAGGAUGAGGUCUUGAAUCCAUUUUACGUCUUCCAGAUUUUCAGCAUCAUCUUAUGGAGCUGCGACAACUAUUAUUAUUAUGCUGCCUGCAUCUUUGUUAUCUCCACCGUCUCCAUAGGGAUCUCUCUCUACGAGACGAGAAAGCAAAGCAUAACCCUGCAGAACAUGGUGAAGAUGGUGGUCCCUGCGAGAAUCCACAGAGCGUCCGGGGAGGUAAUGACGGUGAGCUCGGUGGACCUAGUGCCUGGUGACUGCAUUGUGAUACCCCUGGAGGGAAUGCAGGUUCCGUGCGAUGCCGCCCUGCUAACAGGCGAGUGCGUGGUCAACGAGAGCUCUCUGACUGGGGAGAGCAUCCCAGUGAUGAAGACCCCUUUGCCCCAAGGCCCGCAAGCUGCCAGCACUGUAUAUUCCCCUGAACAGCACAAGCGGCACACACUCUUCUGUGGGACACACGUCAUCCAGGCCAGAUCCUAUGUGGGUGCUGAGGUCCUCGCAGUGGUGACUCGCACAGGUUUUCACACAGCCAAAGGAGACCUCAUCAGUUCCAUCCUCCACCCCAAGCCUCUAAGCUUCAGAUUUUACAAGGACGCGUGGAAGUUUGUUGGCUUCCUUAUGGUCCUGGCUGCUAUCGGUACCGGCUACAGCAUCUACAUCUUAUAUAGAAAUCAGGAAACACUCAGGCAUAUCAUUCUCCGUGCCCUGGACAUUGUGACAGUGAUUGUGCCUCCAGCCUUGCCAGCCGCGAUGACAGUGGGCACCAUCUAUGCACAGAGCCGGCUGAAGCGCCAGGGGAUCUUCUGCAUCAGCCCCCCACGGAUCAACCUCUGUGGGAAGAUUCGCCUGGUCUGCUUUGAUAAGACGGGGACCCUCACAGAGGAUGGCCUGGACAUCUGGGGUGUUGUUCCACAGGAGAACGACGCUUUUUUGCCCCUCAUCAGCGAGCUGCCCUCCCUAGACCACGGCCCACUGCUCCGCUGCCUGGCCACUUGCCAUGCCAUCUCUCGGCUUGGAGAACAGCUCAUUGGCGACCCUGUUGACCUCAAGAUGCUGGAAUCCACUGGAUGGACCCAGGAGGAGGCUGAAGGGGAUGAGGCGGAGGCACAGGUGACCCAGCUUUUUGGGACCAGAGCCCUUGUCGUGAUGAGGCCACCACCACUGGAGGAGCAGCCUCGUGGCACUAAGCACACGGUCCCCUUGGCCAUCCUCCGCCGCUUCCCGUUCUCCUCAUCCUUGCAGAGAAUGAGCGUUCUGGUGAAGCCCUUGGGUGGUGGCCCUUUGGAGGCGUACAUGAAGGGGUCUCCGGAGAUGGUGGCCAGCCUCUGCAAGAAAGAAUCAGCACCCAUGGAUUUUUCCCAGACUUUGCGUCAUUUCACAAGCAACGGGUUCCGUGUCCUGGGGCUGGCUUUCAAGCCUCUCGCUGCCAUUGGGACAUUUGAAGAAGCCCAGGAUGUGACCAGGGACUCUGUGGAGAGCGGGAUGGUUUUUCUUGGGUUCCUAGUGAUGAAGAAUGUCCUCAAAGCAGAGACUGCUCCAGUGAUCCAUUUGCUGCACAAUGCGGAGAUCCGAACUGUCAUGGUGACAGGAGACAACAUGCUUACAGCUGUAAAUGUGGCCAAGAGCUGUCGGAUGGUGAAUGCAAAGGAGAAGGUGCUCUUUGUCAACGCAGCCCCCCCUCGUGGCUGUGAUGAGCCAGCCAUCCUCACAUUCAUCCCUUCUGAGCACCACCUGGAGCAGUCCGAGGCUUCGUACCAACGGGAGAGUGGCUUCCUGGAGCAGCACCAUCCGUACCACUUUGCUGUCAAUGGGCAAUCCUUCGCUGUCAUUUGUGAGCACUUUCCUGAACUCCUGCCAAAGAUACUGGUUCGGGCAACCAUUUUUGCACGGAUGUUGCCUGACCAGAAAACUCUCUUGGUGCAGAACUUGCGAGACAUGAACUACUGCGUGGGGAUGUGUGGGGAUGGCGCCAACGACUGUGGAGCUCUGAAGGCGGCUGAUGUGGGGAUCUCACUCUCUGAAGCAGAGGCCUCCGUGGCAUCGCCCUUCACUUCCAAAAUAGCCAACAUCGAGUGUGUCCCCAUCGUCAUACGGGAAGGGAGAUGUUCUCUGGUCACCUCCUUUGCAGUCUUCAAGUACAUGGCUCUCUACAGCCUCGUGCAGUUUGUCUCUGUCCUCCUGCUCUACACGAUCAGCACCAAUCUGAGUGAUCUGCAGUUCUUGUUCUCUGACCUGAUCAUCACAACCACGGUGGCUGCUCUGAUGGGCAAGACAGCACCAGCAAAGGACCUGGGUCCAAAGCGCCCGCAGGGGGCCCUCAUCAGCACCGUCAUCAUGGGCAGCCUUGCCUUCCAGACAAGUCUUUUCAUUGCCGUCCAGGUCACUAGCUACUGCAUCACCGUUUCUCAGCAAUGGUUCGUCGCCUUGAACAGCUCCUUGACGGCCCCUCAGAACCUGCCAAAUUACGAAAACACUGUCGUGUUCUGCAUCUCAGGCUUCCAGUACCUCAUCCUGGCUGUGGUCAUGUCCAAGGGGCAGCCCUUCCGCAAGCCACUCUACACAAACGGGGUGUUCUUGAUAGCCUUAAUCAUCCUUUUUGGCCUCAUGAUCUGGUUAACCCUUUACCCACUGGGCUUCAUGAGAUACCUGUUGAAACUGAAGGCCAUUGACGACCUGAACUUCAAGCUUGUCCUGCUUGCAAUGGCCACCUUGCACUUCUUCACGGCCUUCAUGCUGGAGACCUGCCUGGACAGUGGGCCGCUGAACAGCCUUCGGAAGCUGCGUGGCAAGAAGCCCUCCAAGAAGCUCUUCAAGAGGCUGGAAGAAGAGCUGAGCCUGCAGCAGCUCUCAUGGCCUCCACUCAAUGAGCCCAUCCUGGCCAGCCCCAGACUCUCCACUCUCACGAGAUGACGCUGGGCACAGGCUGCUGCCUGGAUGUGAGACUGUUGUUGCACCUCUUCUACGACGUCACUUGAUUCCAGACCUCUUAAUUUAUUUCUACCAGUCGCCACACUGUCUGUUGUUCCACUCCUGCACACUUGGCAAAAGACCCUGAAAAUGAUGCCCCUCCCCUGGCAACAGCCCCUGCAUUGGCCGCCCACCCCAAGGUGGAGGCCAGGACCCUUCAAGUGCCCAUUUCCGUCAUUGUAGGUUGUCUGUGGUAGCGGAGGACAGAGCGCCCCACCCUUAGUGGUAGACUUCUGCUCUGAAAUCCUGCGAAGGACCCCUCGGAGAGUGGGGAUGUUUGCACCUGGCCCUCCUCUUAAGCUCCCAGCCUUCUCUCUCUUCCUCCCACUCUGUGGGCCAGACGCUGAGGUGAUAGCUUGCACAUUUGGACAGUGGGGUCUGUGGCAUGUUGCUUUGGGGAUGAGGCAUUGCCUGGCAGCCGUUCUGGUCUUUGUUUCAGAGUCUGGUUGGUGUCCAGACUGUGGAUCAGGUUCGCAAGUUCUCUGGGGAGUUUGCUAAUCUCCCAAAAGAAUUCCCAGGCCUGAGCUGCUUUGGGUUCCUCUUGAACCAGAGGCUCUUGCUGGCCCCCAGAGCUGCCUCCUGUUACUGUGUUUGUUGCUGGGAGACAGCCAGCUCUUUCCUCAGGGCGGCCUCGCCCACGUGGCGUCUUUUGCACUCCCCCCUCCCCAAAAUGACCACAUGGCCUGUGAGUAGCCUUACAUGUUCAGUGCAGGACGGAGCACCCUGCAUCUCCCCUAGUAGUUGCAUAGAGGACAGAACUUUGGCACAUGCAGCUUCUCCAACUGCACAUCUUCUGGGCUGAGGAAAAGCUGAUGUUCUCCAAAGACACCUGGGGCCACCUCUGUGUCCGGUUUAAGGCGGCCACCCAGUGGGGACAGCAGUCAGUGGCUUCUGUGCAUCUGUCACUCCCUGGUGUUGCCAAUGGUCUGCAGGUCCUUGAGCAGAUCUCUGUAGAUUGCAAAGCCCCCCCCCCCAAAUGAGUCCCUGGAUGGACAGAAGUUUUUUUGAAUGUCAUCACGUGUCUGACUUCCAUGCCUGUUUGUCAGAAUAGCUAGAAACAGGAGCAACCUUCAUCAACCUCAAAGGUCAAAAGCUGAUCCGUGGUGGGGUGGGGGUUGCUUUUGCAAGAGGACUGUUUCCCCAGCCUUACACCAAGAUCUGUUCUUCUCCUCCUCCCCCCCCCCGCAAAAAAGAAAAAUAUCUAUGGAAGGAUGGCUGUGAGGAGAGUGAGAGAAUCCAUUUCUGUAUGGUUACGAAUGUGUCUCACAAUAAACAUGAUAUUUUCUUGACAAUCUUAUUCUUACUU